AUGGAUGCAGAAAAGGUAAAAGUAAACACAAGAUCUUGAGAAUUAGUUGAGGAAUAUCUCUUCACUUUGGUAAAGAAGACGUGAUUUCAGUUCCCCAUAUAUAUUUGCAUUCUGCCAUCCGUAACGAAGUACAAGUGAUCGGUUUUCUGAUAUUCGGACCUCUCUUGGAGUUGCGAACGAUCCAUAGGCCUACCGACUUUACCAGCUUAAAUUAACGAGAAACCAGGACUGAUGAGAAGCCAAAUCGUAGAACUCGACCCUCAAACUACGAAAGUGCAUUAUCUUGAAAGCUUUAUGUCUGAACCAGCUACACAUAAGUGGAAAGUCUGUUAAGACAGACGAAGGCCUACAAAAGAUUGUUUUUUCUGAGAUUCAGACAUCUCUUGAACUUUUCUAGAUCCAUUCCGUCUUACCAACUUAAAUCAGCAAGAGAUGACUGGCGAGGAGAGAAUCAAUAACUACGACAGCGCGUAGACUGUGAAAGUUAUUUAGAACCGGAUAGUGGAAAGUUGAGAAUCAGUUUAUGGGAAAGACAUACAAGACCUUGAACCUUGCAGUCUCCGAAAAGCGCAGACGCUCUUCUGGAGAAGGUUGUGCUGGGGCAAGAGAAGUACACUUCCCCCAAAAGCGUAAACGUUGUCCUGGAGAGGGUUGUGCUGUGCCAGCUUGUGGUAUAGGUGAUGUGGUGAUCCUGUGGUGCACUAUAUAGAUGCAUGUCUGUCCCUCUCUAUAACAGCAUUUUAUGACAUAGUGAGGAUAUAACAAACGUAGUGGUUUUUUUAAUUACUGGAGGGGGCGUAUGGAAGUCUUUCCGAACGUUUGAGGAUAGAACCUGAGGAGAAAGGAAGCGCGAUUUUCAGAGGUAAGUAGGUCGAGAUGGGGACAUCGCUGAGCUCUCAGAAACGCUUUCACCACUACGAUGUAACGGUGGGCACGGGGGAUCUCAAAGGUUCGGGUACGGACUCCCAUGUCUACAUUGCACUGCAUGACAUCAAGGAAAACAGAUCCAUUGACAUUGAGCUUAACUACGUACUACAGAACAAUUUCAGGCGCGGUUCCACAGACCACUUUCGAAUAUCUUCCGGUGUCACAUCACUAGCUGACCUCAAGUUCAUCGAGAUUUGGCGGGACACCACGGGGCUCUUCGAUGACUGGUUUUGCGAGAUCAUCACCGUGGUCGACCUCCGAACCAAGAAGAAGUUCGUGUUCCCCGUUCACCGAUGGAUCCAGCCUCACAAGGUCAUCCACCUCCAGCAGUACGAUAUGGCGCUGCCGCAGGACGACGAGAAGGCCGAUCAACGUCGAGAAGAGCUCGAGUCGAGGAAGCAAACUUAUCAGCUAGCAUACAUUGGGAAUAUAGAUAUACCAAGGAUCAAAAACUUUCCAAGUGACGAGGGCUUUUCUGAUGAUUAUAAGUGGGACAUUCGCAGUAUCGCUCUCAAAGUCGGGAUCGCUGCCAAAAUCCGUCAAUUCACGACCGAAAAGUUCAAAUCCCUAGACGAUGUCGAAGGCCUCUACAACCCUCCUCUCCUCCCUAAACCAUUAGCGGUACACAAUUGGAGAUGUGACAAAGAAUUCGGUUACAAUCGAAUGAAUGGUUGCAACCCGAGUCAUAUCCGACUAUGCAGUCAAAUUCCGGAUAGUUUUGCAGUGAGUGAAGAGGCUUUGAAGCCCAUACUCGAAGGCAUGACGAUCGAGGAGGCGAUAGAAAGAAAGCGACUUUUUAUCAUCGAUUUCGAAUUCUUGCGUGAUCUACCGUGUCAGGACGGAGAACAGAUAUGCGCACCGAAAGCGUUGUUUUUCGUGAACACUGAUAAAUACUUGGUACCCGUCGCCAUUCAGCUAUUUCCCGACCCAGCUGAUGAUAAUCCGGUUUUCUACCCGACUGAUCCUGAGUACACAUGGCUCCUUGCCAAAAUGUACUUCUGCAACGCCGACGUCUGCAUACACCAAGCCGGAUCUCACUUUGGAAUGACACACAUCGUCAUGGAGUCCGCUGCCAUAGCAACGCAUCAUUGUCUGUCUCCAUCGCACCCCAUAUUCCGUCUUCUUGCGCCUCAUUUUCUCUUCAUCAUCGCAAUCAACAACAAAGGCCUCGAUCUCUUGAUGGGUAAAGGUAGCGUUUCCGACACCCUGAUGGUCACAGGGACUGCGGGGGUGAAUGAAAUCAUCAACCGCAUUUGGAAGAACUGGAGUCUUGACCGUCAAGGGUCUUUUUUGAAAGACCUGCGGGAUAGGGGUGUGGAUGACCCGGAAGUGCUUCCCAAUUACCACUACCGGGACGACGCACUCUUAUUCCACAGUGCCAUUCAGGAGUAUGUGAGGACCAUCGUCGAAUGCUUCUACGAUUCACCUGGUAAGAUCGAAGGAGACCAUGAACUUCAAGAGUGGGGCAGAGUACUCUCAGGGUCGAAGUCAAAGACCGGAGAAAUCACAGUCAAAAUGAAGGGCGUCCCCAACGACGGCAACUUUCGGACAACCGAAGAUGUUUCAGAGGUUGUGACCAAUUUCAUCUUUAUCUGCAGCGUCACACACGCGGCAGUGAACUUUGGGAUGUACGAUCAGUACGCCUUCCCGCCAAGCUAUCCGGGCUGGCUCAAUGGAGACCCACCUACAUCAAAGGUUAGUCAAGUCUGCGGAAAGACCCCUGUCAGUGAAGAAGAGGUCUUCUCUCGGCUCCCAUCCAAGCGUGAUAUCGUACAGUGGAUGACUCUCUCAAAGGUUUUAAGUGAGCGAGGUACCCAACCCCUCGGUGAUUUCGAGGUUCAAUACAUCUAUCACCCAGUUGGACUGCAAGCUUUAGAAAAGUUCCGUAAAGACCUGGAAAAAGCUGGCGAAAUCAUUGAUGAACGGAAUAGAACAAGGGAAACGCCAUACACUUACCUUCAUCCCAGAGAAGUGCCGAACUCAAUCAGCAUCUGAAGGAGGCAUGCUUCAUAUUCUGAUCGAUCUGCAUUAUCAGGAACAGCGCCGUAUAAUCAAGGAGAUGUCACAUCUAACAGUGGACGUACCUAGGAUUUUCCAAGGGGGGGGGGGCAAAAUCGUCCGCAAAAAAAACGGCUCACACAU